GAUGGACAGGCUUGUGUAGUUAUGGAAGCCGCGUUAAGCAAGCGGAAUCCAGCAUUGAGAUUAGCGGAUUUGGCAGCGAACAAAUACCAUCCCCAUCAGAAUAUGUCAGGCUUCCCGGGGCUGGUGAGCCACACACAUAUCCACCCUGGGGAGAUGAGCAGCGAUCCCAGUGUGACUCUCACCCCUUUUGGGCCCGAGCACAUGGCUCAGUCCAGUGCUCUCAAACUCAGUCCAUCUCAACACAUGGCUGGACAUCCUGAGUCGCAGACAGCGGCGAUUUUUGGCUCCGCACAGAACCCGGGCAGCUACCCAGCGGGUCACCCGCACUCAGGCUACGCGAGCGGCAGGGACUACAUCCUCAGGAGAGAUCUCCCAGCGUCUGCCAUGCACGGAAUGACCGAACAGCACCCAUCUUCUUCCUCCCAUCACCACCACCACCAUCACCACCACGGCAUGUUCCUGUCCACAACAGGGAGCUACGGACAUCCGGACGUCUUCCCGGGGCUGCACGAACAGUCUGCACCCGGACCCCACCACACUUUAAACGGACAGAUGCGCCUGGGCUUGCCAGGGGAGCUGUACAGGCCAGAGCAUUUUAAUCACAGAGCGGAACCCUACCCGGCCUCUUCCCUUCACACUUACAACCCCAUGAACUUAAACGUUAACCUGGCAGCGGCUCAUCACGGCGCCGGUGCAUUCUUUAGGUACAUGAGACAGCCCAUCAAGCAAGAGUUAAUCUGCAAGUGGAUUGACCAGGAGGAGACUUCAAAGAAGCCUUGUUCGAAAACUUUCAGCACCAUGCACGAGUUGGUGAACCAUGUCACGGUGGAGCAUGUCGGAGGACCCGAGCAGAGUGUUCACAUUUGUUACUGGGAGGACUGCCCCAGAGAAGGGAAGCCAUUCAAAGCCAAAUACAAACUGGUAAAUCACAUUAGAGUUCACACAGGCGAGAAACCUUUCCCAUGUCCUUUCCCGGCCUGUGGGAAGGUAUUCGCUCGCUCAGAAAACUUGAAGAUACAUAAAAGGACUCACACAGGAGAGAAGCCUUUUAAAUGCGAGUUCGAUGGUUGUGAUAGAAAAUUUGCCAACAGCAGUGACAGGAAGAAACAUUCCCAUGUCCACACCAGUGACAAGCCGUACAACUGUAAAGUGAGAGGCUGUGACAAGUCUUACACUCAUCCCAGUUCGCUUCGCAAACACAUGAAGGUGCACUGCAAAUCUCCGCCACCUCCCCUCAGUUCUGGUUACGAGCUCACAAACACAUCCUUGGGGAUGGUGUCCCCGGCCUCAGAGCCAGUCAGGGGCCGCACUGCCAGCGUCUCUUCGCAAGUCACCAACCUCAAUGAAUGGUACGUCUGCCAGGGCAGCGGGGCCGCCAAUAGCCUCCACACACCUUCAAGCAAUGGCACCUCGUCCGACACCGAGGAUGAGGAGGCUUACAGGGACCCUGAUCCCAGGACUAUGCUCUGA